AUGGCGGGCAAUGAGGAAGUGACCUGGUUCCUGACCUUCAAGAACGCCAAGCACGAGGAGGAGUGGUGGUCCUCACUGAGGGAGAACCACCUGCACAUUGUGCAGAUUGUGGGGGGCGUCAUGGGCGUCUUCCUGUCUUCGGUGCCGCUGGGAUUCAUGACCCUGUACGGGACGCAGAGCUCGUCGCCGGGCAUUAACCUGGCCACGAUAAUCCCGCUGCUGAGCUUCAUCGCCGGGGCGGUGGGGGCGGUGUGCAAGAUAUCGGGAAAGCACCAUGACCUGGUUAUGUGGUUCACGCGGCUGGUGGUCAACCCCCUGGCCACGACGUUCAUGCAAGUAAUGGUGUGCAGCGCGGACACCCAGGUGUCGUGGACGAUGCUGCCGUCCAUGCUGCUCAGCGCCUUCGGCGUGUGGCGCUCGCUGCUGGACACGAUCAUAUUCCCGCUGCGCUUUCGCCACCACCUGGUGGUGCAGUCUGUGGCGAUGCUCCUGCGAGCCGCGCACAACUUUCAGACCUGCUCCAGUUGCCUGCAGUCACGGGUCUCCGCGGGUCUGAUAGGGCCAGCGUGCGAGGUGCUGGGCAUGUUCACGAUUGGCACGCCGGUGAUUUGCGACGAGCGCGACUUUGUGGCGGUGUGCGUGGUGUUCGGGUGGAAAAUUCAGGCUCUGUUGGGCGUCUUGAUGCCUUCCCUGUUGGUAUACAAGUUGGAGAAAUACUCGAGGACGGCGUAUCUGCAGGCGAGGUUAAGCAGUUCGGGGUCCGCGUCGGCCAGCUAG